AUGAUCUUAUGUACCUCUCCCUUCCGUGCAUCCAACUUCCUCAUCUGUCCCCCUUUCGUCCGCUCCCAUUCCUCCUGCUAUGUCACCUCCCCCUCACCAACACCCCCAUCUCGUCGCCUCUCCUCCCUCUCCCUCCCCAUCCCCUCACCCACCCCCCCUUCUUCCCCCUCUUUCCUUCUCCCCCACACUACAAUCACAGGAGUGUUCAUCAUCACAGGGGUAGCGGCUAGAGACCACGCCGGCCCCUCUGUCAUCCUCUCGUACCUCCUCUCUGCCACGUCAGCACUCCUCUCGGCCCUCUGCUACACCGAGUUUGCCGUCCACCUGCCUGUAGCGGGCGGCGCCUUCUCCUACCUCAUGGUCACGCUAGGCGAGCUGCCAGCCUUUAUCACAGUAGCGAAUCUCCUUAUGGAGUACAUUCUCUCCAACGCCGCAGCUGCCCGCGGCCUCUCUGCCUACUUCGCAGGGUUCCUCGGGCAGGACUCGGAAUUUUUCCGGCUGCCCGUGCCAGCAUGGGGAAUCACCCUGGAUUUCGUUGCGCUGGGGCUGAUCCUCAUGCUCGCCAUUGCCAUCAUUAUCGUUGCUGGCUUCACAGCAGGCAGCCUGGAAAACGUCACCGCUUCCUUUGCUCCGUUCGGCCUGCAGGGCAUGCUGGACGCAGCAGCGCUCGUCUACUUCUGUUUUAUCGGCUUCGACGCAGUUACCACACUUGCGGAGGAAGUCGCUAAUCCGGCCGUUGAUCUCCCGAUCGGGAUUGUGGGAUCGGUGGCCGUGGUGGCUCUGAUCUACGGCUUCAUGGCGCUCUCCCUCUGCCUCCUCGUGCCCUACACUCAGAUCGACGCCGACGCUCCCUUCUCCUCCGCGUUGCACCAGCUGGCAGGGUGGGGUUGGGCAGCAGGCGCGGUGGCAGCAGGGGCGCUGCUAGCCAUAGUGACUGCUGUGCUGGUGGGGCUGAUGGGUCAGGCUCGGAUCGUGCUCGUGGUGGCUCGGGCUGAGCUUCUGCCGAAGCAGCUUGCUUCGGUGUCACCUGUGACGCGCACACCUCUCUUUGCGACGGCUGUCCUUGGUGUCAUCGCACUACUGGUGGAUCUGGAGACGCUAGCCAGCAUGGUGUCCAUCGGCACGCUGCUCAUCUUCCUCAUGGUCGCCCUCGCCCUCCUCCUGCACCGCUACCACCCCCGCGUCACCCUGCCACCCCUCGCUCCCAUUCCUGCCGCUGCUUCUGCACAUACAGCAGCAUCAGAAGGAGCAGGAGUGGGGAGAAACGUAGUAGAAGAGGCAGCAGCAGAAGCAGCAGGAGAUGAUGGAGUCCCUUUGAUGGCAAACGAAUGUCACUCCCGACCUUGUGAGGUCAACCCACCUGCUGUGCUCUCCCCGCGAAAACAUCAAGUGCAAGCUGCACGGCAGCAGAGCGAGAAUGGACAAACCACUGAGGGAACCGCCAAGGGAUGGCAAAAACAGAAGCAGGGUGGCGGGGAGGGCAUGGGGGUGGUGCUGAUGCAUCUGGGUGUGAUGGUGGGGGGGGCAGCAGGCGUGGCAGUGGUGUUCAGAGUGCUCCCGGGCCACACUGCACCCGCGCUGCUCUCCGCCUCCCUCUGGGCUGCUGCCACCGCCUCCCUUGCCGUGCGUCCCUCUGCUCUUACUCCCUCUGCUCUCCCUCUACUCCGCCAUUCCCUCCCACUCACUCCCCUUCCUCCGCCUUCUCCUCUCCCCAGCGUCGCAGGCAAGCUGUGGCUAUGCAUUCUUGCUCUUGUUCCCCUUUCCCUCUUCUGCCUCAUCCCGGAAGCGGAGGCCACGCGGGUGUUCUCAGUGCCACUAUGCCCGUGGCUGCCCUCCGCCUCCAUCCUCAUCAACACGGUGCUCCUCGCCUCCCUCGACACCUCCGCCUUCAUCCGCUUUAUACUCUGGUCUGCCAUAGUCACUGUCGGGUAUGUCCUAAUGGUGCUGCUAUCCCGUGAGCCUAAGGCAGAGUAUGGGGGGGUUAAGGGAGAGCAUGGGGUUAUGACGGCAGCAUCUGCCCUGUCUCCUGCAGCAGAGAGCAAGGCAGAUGACACAGGGGAUGUAGAGUUGACCCCUCUGGUUACCCAUGCGCAAACAUGA